AUGAGAAGUAUUAGACUGGUUAGUAGUGGACGGGGAAUGCCCAUUGUGGGUUUGGGUACUUGGAAAGGAAACCCCGAGGAAAUGGAAAAUACUGUGGAUGUUGCUUUGGAAGUUGGAUAUAGGCAUAUUGAUACCGUAUUUAACUACAAUACUGAAGAAUCAAUAGGAAAAAUCCUCAAGGAAUGGAUCGGUUCUGGCAAAGUUAAACGUGAAAAUUUAUUUAUAACAACCAAAUUACUCAAUUAUGGCAACAGAUCAAGUGUCGUUGAAAGAUUUUUAAAUUUAUCCUUACAAAAAUUACAAUUGGAUUAUGUGGAUCUUUACUUGAUUCACAUGCCAUUCGGGUUUCUAUUAAACGAAUCCACAAUGUCGCCAAUGGUGAAAGAAAAUAGAGAAUUUUGUCUGGAUACUGCAGAAAGGAAGGUGCAAGUGAAAAAAGGCAAAAUCAAAUCAAUCGGAGUGUCGAAUUUCAAUGCGAAGCAACUGAAAAGACUUCACGAAAAUGUCGAAAUAAAACCAGCCGUUCUACAAGUGGAACUUCACGCCUAUUUACAACAAAAGUAA